CUCCUAAACCGACCGGGCAUGGUAUGUGCUCAAUUAGGCUCCAAGUUUUACUUCCUCGGAGGUGAGAAACGUGGCGUUCCGGUAGGUGACAACCGUCCAUCAGACGUGUUUGUGUAUGAUCCAACCAACACAUCCGUGAAUGCAAAAGAUUCUACUUAUAGAGUGAUUGAUGGUGUACUGAUGAAUUAUGGAAAAGCGGAUCCUACCACAUUUGAAGUGAAUGGAAAGUUAUACGUGCUUGGGUGUCGCUACACCAAAGAUGUUGAUGAACACUCCCUCCUUGAGGAAUACGACCCUGUGAAAAAUGGUUGGACCAACUUGGAAGUUAGUCCUGUUAGAGGUGAUGAAAUAU